GCGGAAAGGAUAAAUCCACUGAUGUUUGAAUGUAAACUGUCAUAUCAACUCCAGGAUGCAUUCCUGUCAGCAAAAAGCCUUUCUGCACACUCAAGGCUGAGAGAUUUUUGCCACUGAUCUUGGAAAAAAAUCAAUUAUGCCCUUACGUAUUUACUAUUAAUAAACAGCGUAGCCAGCAGCAGAAAACUCUCGUUCAAUCGCCCAAAAUGUCUUUCAAAUCUUUUAGACCAGCGGCAGCAAAAAGCGCAGGCUUACGUGAUUCUCAGCCUCGUCUGCAAUCGACCUCCAGUGUGGAUCACGCCUAAGGAGUUUCUGCAAAUCAAAGGUUGAAUGGGACGACCGGCUAUGAUUUGUCCAUUGCCAAGGGCUUAGAGGCCUGAUUUGCGUUCACGUACAGCAGCGACAGACAUUCAGAGGAGUCGGAAGUGUGGGCGGUCAAUGAUUCAGAAGUCCAGGUGUGAGCUGAUGUAUCAAGAAAGAUGAUAGAGCUGAUGUUUCAAGAAAGAUGAUAGAGAACCUAAGAAGAAAUUCAUACAGGUUUGGAAUAACAUGAUGGCCGUCUCUGCCCAAAUGUUCCCUCAACUGUUUCGCAAACAUGUCAGCAAAUGGAAAGCUGCAGAAGGUCAGAGCCAGCAGGGACCGGCUCGUGUUGCGGUGCAGCGGGUCUUUGUUCCUCCUCCGCAUCUCUAUUCGUAUUGCAGGUGUCCGUGUAUUGUAUGUUGCUGUGCUGCGGUUCUCUGGCUGUUCCUCUGGACUGCAAUGACGGGACCAGCUGCAUUUCUAUUUCUCCCGAGAAACUUCUGGAUCGCAUCAUCCAACACGCCGAGCUCCUCUACCGGGUCUCUGAAGAGUCCUCUACUCUGUUUGAGGAAAUGUUUUUCCCGUUUUCUCCAAGUGCUUUAAGAAAUCAGGGAGGAAAUGUGUGCCACAGCAAGCCCUUCCCAGUCCCAAGCACUAAGAGCGAGAUUCAGCAGAUAUCGGAUAAGUGGCUGCUUCACUCUGUGCUUAUACUGGUGCAGUCCUGGAUCGAACCACUCCUCUAUCUGCAGACUUCUCUUGAACGCUACGCCGAUGCCCCCGGCGAUCUGGUUAACAAGACCAAGUGGGUGUAUGAUAAACUGCUCAGCCUUGAGGAGGGGUUGGUGGUUCUCAUCCGCAAGAUGUUGGAUGAAGGGGUUUUGACGUCGUCCUUCGUCUUCGAGGAAGCACUGAGCCCGCAUUCCCCUGAGGAAUCUGCCCUGAGGGACUACAAUCUUCUCACCUGCUUCAAGAAGGACGCUCAUAAGAUGGAGACCUUCUUAAAGCUUCUCAAAUGCCGUCAGAGCGACAAGCUCUCCUGUUUUUUCCACUGAACAAGCCUCCAAACGCAUAUCGGCUAAUAAAAUGAAAAAUAGCUUAAAGGUGAGAAAAUCUUCCCUUGCGUGAAUCGAAACGUUCGCCUUGAAUCAUAUUGUGGCUUU